UUUAUUAGUGAAACACAGCGUUAGCAUAUGUGUUAUUUGUGUCAGAAUUGUUCGGUUUUAUUGGUGAACAACGCGAAGCAGCACAUUCCCACUCAGCUGUGUUGAAGUGGUUGAACGCUUGUGAAACUCAUUGAGCAGCCGGCAAGGAUGUUAAAGUCCAGUUUCCACGGGCAGAGUUGCCUAAUAUGUGCCACGAAUAGGUCAACGGGGUUGCUCAUUGGGCUCUGCUGACUGGACUGUAAAGCUGAAAGGUGAGCAAGUUCCAGGUGAGUCGGCUGAUUGAAGACAAGCUCCUGUGGAUCCUGGCCAUGGAGAAAGAAUUGACGCCUUUGGACUGCCUGCUGCCCUCAGGCACGCUGAGGAUCUGUCUGAUCAUUCUGAACCAGCCUCUGGAUAAAGACUACCUGCACAUACUGUGGAGGAAAGCUCUCUUGAGGGCAUGUGCUGAUGGAGCUGCCAAUCACCUUUAUAACAUCACUGCUGGCGAAUGUGGCAGCUUCCUCCCUGACUAUAUCAGCGGGGAUUUUGAUUCCAUUACUGCCGAGGUCAAAGCUUUCUAUGCAGACAAGGGGUGCAAGCUGAUAGAAACAGCUAACCAAGAUCUAACAGACUUCACCAAGUGUCUUGCAAUCAUGGUGGAGGAGAUUCAGAACCGAAAGCUACAGGUGGAUGCCAUAGUGACUCUGGGCGGUCUGGCAGGCAGAUUUGACCAGAUCAUGGCAUCUGUCGAGACACUCCACCAUGCUCUCUCCAUGACACAGCUGCCUGUAUUGAUGAUACAGGGGACUAGUUUGGCAUAUCUACUCAGACCUCAGGGCAGCCACAGACUGGGAGUGAACACAGGCCUGGAGGGGGACUGGUGCAGUCUCAUUCCAGUAGGUGGACCGUGCCAAACAAUCACUACUGGACUCAAAUGGAACCUGACUGCUGUUUCCCAGGGCUUGACACCAGAAGACAAAGAUAAUGAGGUCCUGCAGUUUGGGAAGCUGGUGAGCACCUCCAACACCUAUGAACCUGUUGAACCUGGACACCCCAAGAAUCCUGUAACUGUGAUCACAGACCAGCCACUACUUUGGAGCAUGGGCAUUCAUAAGAAUGGGGAUUAACACAGGAGAUUGUUCUUAGUAUUUCACUAAUCAGAACAUCAAACUCAAACCCAGCUUCUUUCCUAUGUUCUGUAUAGCAUAUAGUAAAAAAGGAAAAAGCUGAAAACACUCUUACAAGUGACCAAAAAUCUCACUUUUAAGUGUUUUUUAUGAGUAUUAUGUGAUAGAAUGACUUGGUUAGCCUGGAACACAGAAAAAUUCAAAACUGACCACAAGACCUGGUAUUAUCUUUAGUUUUAAUGCUAUAGUCGCCAUCCUUGUCAAGGAUGUUUGUCUAUUUUUACUGUAUUCUUAUAAAAUGCCUUAUAUUUGUUUACUGCACAUGUUUAAAUUCAAAACCACACAGAGCUAUAAUCCCUACUUAUAAAUAUGCACCUUAUAUGAAGCCUUACUCCAUUACAACAUCUGGUUUAUUUCAUUAAACAUUGUGAUAUCAGGUAUUCUUAAGGACUGAGAUGACAGCAUAUUACAGACAAGAAGCAUCACCAUACCCUCAUUACAUCUUCCUUUAAAAGUCUGCAUGUAUCAGCUUUGUAUGACAGCCUACAGUAUGUGCCUUUGACAUUCUCCUGGUUCCACUGUCCUUGUUAUCAGUAAUAUCUGUUAAUUAAAAUGGAAUGAUGAAUAAAAAAAUAUUUGUGCCUUUU